UUACUUUUUUAGUAAUUACAUUAUCUCAAACAUAACCUUGUUUUAUGAAUAAAAAAAAUAAAAAAUCUCCGUGAAAAAGCUCUCAGCCCUUUGAACAUUUGUUAGGCACUUUACCAAAACUUCAAUGUAACUAUCCAAAAUCAAGGAUCCUUCUCUUUCUUUAUGUUUUCUUCUCUUUGUUUUGCAAAUUUUGCUUUGUUUCUAUUGUUUUAGAAGCUUCAUUACUCACCACUUACCCAAAUGGCGAAUUCAGCUUCUGGGAUAGCAGUGAGUGAUGAAUGCAAGCUGAAAUUUUCGGAGUUGAAAACGAAAAGGAACCACAGAUAUAUAGUGUUCAAGAUUGAUGAUUCAAUGCAUCAAGUUGUGGUUGAGAAAGUUGGGAGACAUGAUGAGACUCAUGAAGAUUUUGCCAACAAUUUACCUGUCGAUGAGUGUGGCUAUGCAGCUUUUGAUUAUGACUUCACUACAAAUGAGAAUGUCCAGAAAAGCAAGAUCUUUUUUGUUGCUUGGGCACCAUAAACAGCAAGAGUAAGGAGUAAGAUGCUGUAUGCAAGCUCUAAAGACAGAUUCCGGAGAGAAUUAGACGGUGUUCAAGUUGAGUUGCAGGCUACCGAUGCUAGUGAGAUGAGCUUGGACACAUUCAUCGGAAGAGCUCGUUGAAGAUAAUGUCUCUGUCUUCCCUAAUAUUUUUUGGCCUUUAUUCAUUGGAAAAUUGUAUUUCCUACAGGCCUUUGUCAUUUGUCAUUUCUUCAACUAUGGGUGUUCAAUUUUGUCUAUGUAUGUAGGCUACUAAUAUGAUGAUCUUGUGACGAUU